AUGACUCCUUCCCAAACAUAUCCAGCUUAUGAAUUAAAAAUAAAUACUCAAAGUUGUGAGAAGUCUAAUCCAGGCCUUCCAGGGCCGCCAGGAAGGGAUGGAUAUCCAGGCAUUUUUUUGAUAAUAAAGUCGGAUCUCACUGUAAAGAUGGGGAUAAUGGAAAUGAUGGAAUUCCAGGAGAGGAUGCACAAAAUGAGCAGAUAAUGAUUGAUUUUUGUUUUGAAUGUUUACCAGCUCUUCCGGGCCCUCCUGGUCCUUCUGGCCCUCCAGGCAGUUAUGGAUUACCUGGUAUAAAAGGUCAAGAUGGAUUGAAUGGUCAGCCUGGACAGAGAGGGACAAUUGGAGAAAGAGG